AUUAGAAUUAUCAAGAAAAUGCCAAAGGGUACAACGAAGAAAUUCAUUGAUAAAAAGAACUCAGUAACAUUUCAUUUGGUUCAUCGAUCACAAAAAGACCCGUUGAUUGCCGAUGAAAAUGCACCUCAACGAGUUCUCGUGCCUGUAGGAGACCCACAGGCCGCUAAAUCAGAGAAAAAAGGGGUGGACGACAACAAACGCAAGGAAGAACAACAGAAAUAUGGCAUAUAUUUCGACGAUGACUAUGAUUAUUUGCAGCACCUUAAAGAUGUCAAUUCAUUGCCAACUGAAUGGGAACGUGUGGACUAUGAAAAUACAUCAAGGAAAAAUGAUAAGAGCGAUAAAAAGGAUGCUCCAAAAAUUAAUUUACCUUCUUCUGUAUUUGCCUCAAAUGUAGAAGAAAAAAUUGGACUUCUCAACAAAACAGCACCUGUUUCUGGAUUACAGUUAAAUUUGGAUCCAGAUAUAGUUGCAGCAAUGGAUGAUGAUUUUAAUUACAGUGAUCCAGAAAAUGAGUUGGAAGACAAUUUUAUAGAAUUAGCUAAUGCUGAAAGCAAUGACAAUGAAUUUGUAAAUGAAGAAGAAUAUGAGCAAUCAUCUGAUGUUUCGUCAGAAGGACAGAUGGAAUUAUCUGACGAAGAACAAGAUGAAGUAUGCAGUUUAAAUGGUGCUCAGUACACUUUUAGGGAAGAGGAAACAAAAUCACGUUUUACAGAAUAUUCUAUGAGCAGCAGUGUUAUAAGAAGAAACAAACAGUUGACUUUUUUGGAUGAUAAAUUUGAGAAAAUGUAUGCAGCAUAUGACGAAAAUGAAAUUGGUGCCUUAGAUUGUGAUGAAAUUGAAGGGCAUGUAGCACCAGAUUCAGAUUUACUUCUUCAGUGUGCAGCAGAGUUUGAAAAACAUAAGAAUGAAGAUGCUGAAAAUGUAGCAAAACUUAUGGAAGAUAGAAUGAAAAUUCUAGAAAAAGAAUACUCUAGUUCUGAAGAUGAAAAUAAUUUAGAUGAUCUUGUUGUUGAUGCAAGACAGAGGGAAAAAUGGGAUUGUCAAAGUAUUAUUAGUACAUACAGUAACAUUUACAAUCAUCCAAAAUUAAUUUCCGAACCCAAGCAACCAGAAAAAAUUAAAGUCAAUCCAAGAACAGGCAUUCCAAAAAAUGUAUUGAAUGAUACCCCUGGAAGACUUACUGCUAAAACUUUGGCUCAAUUUGAUCAACAAAAUGAAAAUUGUAAAUUGAACGGACCUCAAUCUACUGCAGAAACUAUGAAGUCAACAUUGAGCAUAUUAAGCAUAAGACCUAAGGGAGAAACUUCAGAGGAAAGAAAAGAACGGAAAAAGGCUCUGAAGGAGUACAGAAAAGAACGAAGGGUGGAACGAAAAGCAAAUACUGAAGCAUUUAAGGAAGAAAAGAUGCGACAAGAAAAAAUUUUGUUAAAUAACAAACGAAACGUGCAAGGAAAUCAUAUAUUUUAA